AUGUCGAGUGAUGAUAAAAAUAAACCUAAUGAUCCCAAGAAUGAGCCCAAGAACUGUGACCCCAGAUGUGAACAACAGUUUGAGACCAGAUGCCAGCCCAGCUGUUUAAAGAAGCUGCUGCAACGCUGCUCGGAAAAGUGCCCGCUGCCCCCCAAGUGCUCCCCAUGCCCCAGUGAGGCCCCAAGGGCGCCACCAGCCCCACGCCUCCGCCAGCUCCACCUGUUCACCACCUCGGGGCUGAGGCCGAAGCCAUGGACUGACAAGUAA